AUGGACACAAGAGCCCCCAAGAAGGGCCACCAGUAUACGAAGAAUAGGCCUGAUAGCGAUGAGGAGUUUGCCAGGAAGGUUCCCUACAGGUUGUGCUGGCUGUCGGAGCCCAACCCAGAGUCCCUGCUGCCCGGGGAAGUUGAGGAGAGGAGGAGCUUGCUGCGGAAGCAGCUGCCCCUACAGAAGAUGUUGGUGCCAACGAGAUCCAUCCCAGUCAGAGGGCUUGGGGCGCCCGAUUUUACAUCACUGCCCAGCCUCCGCCCACCACCGCCGCGCCCACUGAUCAACCUUUGUCAACUCAAGCUCCUGAGCCAGCGCUUCCCCAAGCCAGCUGCAGCAGCUGCAGAGAACGUCUUUCUGGGCAGAGGUUAA